UCCAAAAGCAGCGGGUAAAACCUGUGAAUCGGGUCUGGCCCGAACCAUCACCACCGGAGAGGACUGCGUAGGGGGUUGAAAUCUGCAUAUUCCCAAUAGUUGGCGCUUCUUCGUAGAAGGGCUGAAGUUUUAUUUGGUCUUCAAGGCAAUGUCUGCCUAUGAUAAUGUUGUUGGUGGGAAGUUGAAGCUUAAAGGGAAAGCUCUUGAUGUGAAAGUAGGUGGGGUGAAGAAGAAAAAGAAAGUUAAAAAGCAUCAUGAUCAAAUUUCUCAAGAUAUGGAAAAUGAGCAUCCAACAGGUGGAAGUGGUGCAAGUAAUGAAAUGCCAAGUGAUGUGAAUGAGGAAGAGGAAGAAAUAGAUGAUGCCAACAAGUCAACUGAGGAUGGGAAGGCUCCUCAUUAUGAUGAUCAUCUAACACCAGCGGAAAGACGUUAUAUUGAACAGAAAGAGAGCAUUGAUGUUCAUAGACUGGCCAAGAAAGCUAAUAAAUCUCAUCGUGACCGGAUCCAGGACUUUAACCAAUAUCUGGCCAACAUGAGUGAGCAUUAUGACAUCCCCAAAGUUGGUCCUGGUUGAUUCUUUGUUAUUUUUGAUUUUGUGGUCUCACUGGCGGCUUGCUAAAUGGCCAUACCUAGUCAAACCAAAUUGUGUUUAUGUAACAGAAGGAACAGACCCCUCCUUUUUUUUUCUUCCUAGUGGAUGCUGUCUAUAUGGAUUUUGAAACUUCAGUUUGAAAUCUGUAUUUUUACUGCUUGCCACUCUCAGGUUUUAUGAUUUUCUCGAAUACAUGAUGCAGGGAUGUUAUGUUAAAUUGUAGGAAAGGAUGUAGUGUAGUAUGCAGGUAAAGUAAUUACUCUAGAUCUUAAUACAACAUGGUUGGUCGUGAUAAUACUGUUUCUCACAAGGACACGCUUGAAGAAGCCGGUGCUCUUACGAGCCACCGAGAGGUUGCUCUAAAUUUUCGAGAUGAUCGAAGAAUUGGAUAGGAGGGAAGGUGUUGCUUUCAUGGAAUCGUUGAGCGCUACAGAUUGCCCUGUGGAACUGGAGUGCAAAGUGAAGUAUAUGAUCGUUGCUGAUCACCAGAAUUACUUGGCACCAUGAAGAAGAUUUCGAGAAGUAGAAGCGGCAGUCUAGGAUCGGGAUGUCCAGAAGAAGAUGAAGAAGAUGAAUACAAGAAAUGAUGCUAUGAGAUCGAUCCAACAAUGUCUCUACAAGGCAUGGGCAAUUCUUCCUGUCCUUGCCUCGAUUUUCUGCUGAUUUAGGAUGCCUGCAAAGAACAAAUGUAUAGAAUGUUAGUCAAGAUGAAUUGGCCAUGGAAGCUUACGAAAGUGCAAGAAUCAGUGGGGAAGGCUGUUUCUGUCUUGCGUAUUAGCGGUUCAGAAUUGCAACCAAUGGUGGAGAAUCUGCUUCCUUAUUCUUCAGCUGUAGCAAAAGAGCUUGUGAAGAAGAGUAAAAACAAUGAGCCUCUUCAAUCCGGGAAUCCAAAUCUUGAGGUAAUGUAAAUCAUGUUUUAUACCAUCUUGAUAGCAUGCAAACAUGUUUUGUAGAGUAUGUAACCAUCUAUAAAAUUUAUUGACUAAAACCAUAAUUAUUUCAUUGUCGGGAGAAAUAUUGUUGAGUCUUGACUCAGAACACAAUAUUGGUACAAUUUUAAAAGAUUCAGCAUAUGGAAACAAGAAGACACUCGUAAGUA